CGCUGGGAGAGCCCGGCGGCGAUGCCCCCCCGGCGCUGAGUCGCGCUGCCGCCGGGAUGUUCGCCUGGCACCGGAGCUUUCCCCUGGGAGCGCCCUGGAAGAGAGGUAAGAAGAGUCCACCUGCUGAGGACAAAGUAGUGCUAACACAUAUGAAGAUAUUGAGCAAUGAAGGAAUUCAGAACCCAGGGCUAGUACCAGAGGCUCCUGCUGAUGCAGCCUGUACUGAGGAACCCCAUCUUCCCAGCACAAAUUUCCCACAGGACUGCCAGGGAUGUCCAAAUGCCACAGCCAUAACAGCAGACACAGACUAUGCAGAAGCCCCAGCAGGCACAGAUUAUGUAGCCACACUGCCUGACCUCAGCAGCUUUGAGUCCAAGUGCCGCCUUCACAGAUUCUCCAAAUUUGAAUCUGAGGACUCGGGAGUUGAACUGCCAAGCGGAGCUAACUCUCCAUCAACGCCAACGGGCUCAGAGAAGAGCUUUGUUCUUCACAGCAGAGACUCAUUUUGUGACUCAGGUGUGCUUAGCACCUCAUCUUCUCCAGAAAUUGACCACCUGAUAAUGAGAGCAUGUAAAGAGCGUGCCAGGAAGGUUGGCCAGCAAGGUGUGGAGAGUGAAAAGAAAGAUGAGCUCUAUAGCCAGGAGUCAGACGUGGUGGAGGUUCCCACACCUUCCCUUGAAGACUUCAGUGUUCCUCAGGAAGGAGAAAAUCCUGAUGAGCAUUUUGACCAGAGUGAAAGGCAGUCUCUGGAAAAAGAACCAUCCCCAGAGACGAACUCCCCCACAGAGAGCACUCUUCCCACCCCGAUUCCCAUAGAGGAGCCAAAAACAAUUGCUGACAAUUACACAGAGACCUUUGGCAGUACACAAGACCUUCAGCUCCAUGGACAUCAGCUGAAGAAGUACCCCACAAGUGACAGCCUGGACGAAUACAUGAAUGAAUGCUGUAGACUGAGUGAGGUGAACCAAGGGAAUAGCAAAGCCCUGGGAUCUGGCCUGGGAUACCUGGAACACAUUUGCCAACUGAUUGAGAAGAUUGGGCAGCUGCAGGAGCACAACCUGCGGCUCCAAAAGCAAGUCUGCAGCUUACAGAAAGAGCAGAAGAUGAGCCAGAUAAAAGAGGAGUACCUCAUGCAGCAUUGCUCCUGUGGAGCUGCCAGCGUGUUCCUCAACUCGUACCAAGACAUGAAGACAUUUUUGGCAGGGAGAAGCAGACCUCAUAGCCUCUUGGUUCAGACUGGAAACCCUUCUGAUCUUUCAAUCAUCCCAGAAAUAGGAGCAAACACUGACAAGCUCAGCGACUACUGUGGAAGUGAGAGAUACCCAGAAUCAGGAAACAGCCAUCCAACAGCAGGGCUCAGGAAGUUGUCGAACAAUAGGAACAAGGAAAAUGAGUUCAGAGAAGGUGGUGGCAUGGCCGAAAGACAGGCUUUUCCACCAAAGGAUUCUGCAGCCAGAAAGGGUCUGGAGACCAGCAAGAACUGUUCGGGUGAGAGCCAUGCGUGGGGGAGAAUGAGAGAUCUUAUGAGGAAGACAAGGCUGAGAAACCAAAGCAAGCUGGGGCUGUCCUCUGCUGCUCUGAAGAGGUCCUGCCCACAGUUGUACAGGCCCGAUAUUAUGUCUUCAGAGCUGAGAAAAGCUGAGAGAACUGAGAGGAACUCCAUGAUUGUUUUGGGGCAAAAUACAAAGAAUGAAAACAUAUGGCCUUUCUGAUAACUCAAGUUAAAGGGGACAAGGUAAAGAAGAAGUGGGAACAAUUGCGGACACAAAAUGGAAGAGCCCAGGGGUGCUUUGUGCAGCUUCGUGUACCCAGCAUCCUCCAGCUGUUGGCAAAGCAACUCUGAUUUGAAUGUUGGAAGGGAAAGAAGGAAAGGGGACAAGGAUAAUGGUCUGUGGACAGAUGCAUACUCAGCUACCUAUGGCUUUGCUCCUGAACCUACCACAUACUCACAAGCCAAAGAAGAAGAAACUUGCAGCUAACACCUUGGUACCAUAACUAGGAGAGGCUUUUAAAUGAGACUUGAUAAUUAAUUCUUCCUCCUACCUGUGCUAGGAACAGUACUACCUGAAUCACCAAAGCAAUUAUCACUGCUUCCUGGGGACCUCUUACAGCUGAAAUGAACUUCAGCCUCACAGUGGCCAGAGGAGCACUAUAUGCAGAGAUGGCCAUUGCCUGCACUCCUCCCUCAGGCCAGGGGCUGCAGGCUGCUUGCCCUCAGCACACUCCUCCCUUCCCAGCAGGGCCUCACCAGCUAUGCAGUUUUAAUCAAAUGCAACAGGAACAAAAGUCCAUAAAGCCAAACUCUCCCCCAAGGCCGUUCAGAAACCCACCACCAGCUGCACCUUUUGCAAACACUCCUUGAUUUCAGUGCCAUCCUAACACAGAAGUCAACAUGGUGAAUGGCACUGCAAGAAUUGACCAUUAGAGAGUUGGGAGGGUACAUCCAUGGCAGCAUCUCAGCCAUCCAGCAGCCCAGCUCUCUGUCAGGCUGUGCUGUCCACCUUCUGGAAGAGCAGGGCUGCAAGGAUGAGUUACUCACACACAUCCUCUAUAUUCUGUAUCUAGGACUGUUCUUUUAGAUCUCUUAGGUUUUGAGGUUUAUUUUUUUUUAAUGCUGGUGCCUCAUUGCCACAUCUCCACAGAGCUCAGAGAAUUGACAGCAUCUGUUUCUGAAGGUGCUGCAGCUGCCACAGUGAUCUCUGCUCUUUUGCUGGUAGGAGCUGGUGCUUUUAUACCUAUGGAGUAAAAAUUCAAGCAAGCCAACUUCGUCUCUUGUUACAGGAGCAUGCUACUCCCCUGAAUUACAAUAUAACUGUCAAUCAGGCACUUGCUAUUUAAAAUCCUUUCUGGGCUACCCUUGGGAACUGAGAUUUCAGAAGAUGACAGUAACAUGCCAACUUCAGCAGGUUUAGCCUUUCAGCAGCAGGUGCUUCCCUUCUGCUCAUGAACAGCAGUUGGAGCCCUCCAAGGCAGAGCAGGAUCUCUUCUUCUGAGAUUCUGUAAGCCCAGUUCUAGCAGCAACACAAAGCAAAGAGUUGUUGCUCACUAGAACAACAGAUCAUGUUUACUCAGUGCAAGUAUAAUUUGCAGGUGAAGUUCAGUGUAGCUGCUGUUAUUUAGCAUCUAAAAAAAAAAAAGUUUAUGCUGACUCACAGUUAGUACCCUGAAGUAGGUGCUGUGUUUAAUAUUUCAGUUGUCAUUAAUUACAGCUGCUGUUGUAACACUUGGUUAUUCACUGUAUAUUUUGCUAGCUUCAUCCAAAGCUAGAGAUAUUUAUGACUUGAUUAUUCUGUGAAUAGUCUGUAUAUCUCCAUAAAUCCCAGGGGCUAAAAAUCCUGCCUCAACUUACACCCUCCACCCAUACAGACACUAUGAGGAAUAUGAAUCAGUGUAGAACUGGACUUGCAGUGUUUCAGGAAAGUCAUGAACUGGUGUUUUCCCAUCCCCUACUCUCCUCACAUUAUAGGUGUUAUGGUUUUUAAAAUUAAGAUGAACUAGCACUCUUUUUAUUACUGCAUUAUAUGAAAUAUAUUCAUGUAUUUUCAAAACUAUAUUUAUAACCUGUAACAUACUGUAUAGUUUGCCACUUUUAGAUAUGCUUGUACUACAACUUAAUAAGUUUAAUAAUAAAAUCAUCACUUAUUAAAUAA